AUGAAUGUGUCUACAGUUACAUUACUGUCCAUUUUCUUGCUUCCCUUGGCCCUCUCCUUCCGCAGGCAGAGUGCUUGGAUUAAGGGACGUCUUCUUUGUGGGACCCAGCCCGCUUCUCAAGUUUUGGUCAAGUUAUUCGACCAGGAUGAUGGUAAUAUUUAGUUCUGAUAAGAUUAUUUAAUUUGGAAAUAUUCCAAUAAAUUCUCCUCCUCAAUGAUCUAGUAAUGUUUUAUUAAUUUUAAAACCACUUAGGUCCCGAUCCCGACGAUCUUCUUCAGAGUGGAUAUACAGAUCAGGACGGGAAUUUUGAAUUGAAAGGGGACACCGUUGAGUUGACCAACAUCGACCCUGAGGUCAGAAUUUAUCACACUUGUAGUAUGAAUGUGCCGGUAAGUCAUCUAUAAAGUAAAGUGAUUACUUUGACAGCUUUGUAAACGAGAAUGGGUGAUUGGAAUCCCCGAUAAGUACAUUACUUUUGACCGGGUACCCGAGUAUGUAUUCAAUCUUGGCUCUGUAAAUUUGGAAGUUGAACUUGAAGAUGAAAGUCGAGACUGCAUUCACUGA